GGUUACACCCGGAAGCACUAUCACUGCGCUCUGGCGCCAAAUUUUAAGUACCGCAGCACAAAUGUCCAUAUUUUGAUACCCCAUAGCCGAGAUGUGGAACGAUGUGGAAUUGCUGACCAGCGACGACACUGGGACGGUGCGCCUGGCCGUCGACCCGAGCCGGGAAUGCGGCAGCGCCCUGUACCAAGUCGACACGCUCGUUAAGCUUUCCUGCGCAGAAAGAAUUUCGCACCGACCAGCGCUGUAUGCCUGCACCAGUUCUGACUGCACCGUGGUGGUGGUCGAAACCACAGUGGUCCUCUUUGACCAGAGUUUACAGUCUGUUUUGCUGCACUUCAACUUCGACACUGAUGUGGAUGCGGUGGGCGUUUGCCCGGCGGGGCAGUUCCUGCUCGUUGGGGAAAGGAGUGGAAAACUUCAUCUUAUAUAUGUACCACAGAAAAGGACCGUGUUUACUAAAGCUGUUCUUCAGAAAGAACCUUCAGAAAAAGAGAAGACGUACAGAAACCUUAUCAUGAAGGAAGAUGCCGUUACUUCAGGGUCAUACCACUUCUUCCUCAUUGUAUCGGAUGGAUUCUUUCAUGUCUCCAAUCUUGAACUGGAAAACAUUGAAAGAGCAAUUGACACAAUGGACUUUGGAUUAUUAAAAAAGUGUCAGUCACUUAUAAAGACUGAGUUUUCCAGCACAAAGGAGAUCCACAGCAGAGGAUGCUUUGCAGCUGUGACCUGUGAUGUUGCCAACCAAAUCACACUUGGGGGAAGUGGGGAAAAGGUGCUAUCCCAGUGGAAGAUGGAUCCUGUUCGGCACACAAUGGCUGUCUGCCAUAUCAUGGACUCCAGUUUAGUGCCAGGUGUGAGGAAGCUUCAGGUGCUGGACAAUCUGAUGUAUGUUCUUGAUGAGGAGAACAUUCUGAGCACCUGGGAUGUGAAUUUCCUUGUGAUGGUGUGGUGUUGGCCAGAGACCCCCUUUUUUGACUUCCUGGUCACAGCUGAGGGAGAAUCGUCAUCCUCGUCCAUGCAAGACGGCACCAAUGUGAAACUCAUCGCUUUGACCAUGCCCAACAGUAAUUUGAUGAAGAGCCUGUUGGUGUAUUCUCUGCCAUCAAUGGUGGUCCUGUAUUCCCUGGAGGUCUCUGGGACUUCAGCCCUAGUCCAAAUGGGCAUCAGCAUGGAAAUGAUUUAUUUGCUGGAAGGAAUUUCUGAGAACUUAAAAAGUUUUGAGGAUACUGUGUCGACGAUUGUGGUGAGGCGUUUCACUGAGGCCUUGCCUGAAAACAGACUGAGCCGUCUUCUCCACAAGCAUAAAUUUGAAGAGGCAGAGAAUUUUGCCAUCCAGUUUGGACUUGAUGUUGAGCUGGUAUAUAAAGUAAAGCUGGAUUUUGUACUGGAGAAGUUGGCAUCUGCAUCUGUCGGGGGCUAUGGGCAGGAAGAGUGUUCAGAGCUAGUGGAGGAGGCCAAGACCAACCUGAGGAAGAUCAUGGAUGAGCAGUUUGUUGUUCAGUACUGCAUGAAAGCCCCAUGGCCCAGCUUCAGCACGGCGGAGGAGAUGCUGAACCAUGCUGCUUCCCGCUACCCCUCUUCCCUGAUCCAGGAGGCCCUCUUCAAGCUCGCCACCUACUGCGGCCUCAACGGGCCAGACAACUUCAAUGGCAUCGCUUGGAUCGAGUUCCUGAACAGCGAUGAUCACAUGACAGAUGUUCUGUGGCACUUGAGGGAGGGGGACCUUAGGGGGGCCCAGCAUCUGUGGCUUCGGCACGAGCCAGCGUUUACAGGGAAGUUUGAUGAGUGUGUCCUGGACUCUCUGCUCUCAUCCAUACCUGAGAACAUCCCCUCCCGGGACCUCUGCCCAUGGUUUAGAAGUGUCAUCGUUCCCUUCGUGAGAAGAACUCUGCCCAGAGGACAGAAGAAUCUUGCCAGAUGGUUGGAGCAAAGAGCGAGGAAUUUAGAGCUGAUGGAAAAGAAUGACUGGCCCCAGAAUGGACUGGAGUUGUCCCAGCUGGGCCUCUCUUCCUCUUGGCUCUGGGUACCGCUGGAGGAUGACUGUGGUCUGGAGGAAGUGGAGCACCUGAAGUCUCUCGUGUCCAGCCUCCGCCAGCUGCUGGACCUCUUCAGGAAAUACAACUGCAGGCUGCCUCUGUCUGACUUCGAGAAGGGCAACACGAGAAGCAUCGCUUUCCUGAUGCUGGACAAGGUCCUGGCCCCGGAGCUGAUCCCAGCCGUAAUAGAGAGCAGCGUUGGGCCCUAUGCCCAGGAGCACCACACCUGCUUGGAUGAGCUCCUGUUGCACUACAUCCAGGACAUGCUGGAACGAUGUAGCUCACACUCCACGUCACUGUUCACGGAGUGGGAGGCCAAGGUCAUGGCUGUGUUGAGCUGCAUGAAGGACUCUGACCUGGUGGUGGACGCUGUCCUGGAAGUCAUGUACAAGGCCGUCGUGCCCUGGAGUGAGGAGGUGGAGUCGCUUGUCCAGCAGCACCUGGGAAAGGAGCAUCCUAAGCAGGAGCUUCUGAAGGAGACCUAUCAGCUAAUGGAGAUGAAGAAGCUGCUCAGGGGCUACGGCAUCCGCAACUUCAAUCCAUCCAGCAACUGUCAAGUCAUGAUGCUGGUAAGGCGUAUCCUGAAACAGGACUUGCCCUCAUCGCUGGAAGAUGCCCUCAAGGUGGCGCAAGUGUAUAAGCUGUCAAACUCCCAGAUCUACUUCCUGUAUUUCAUCCAGCUGAUAAGCCAGGCCAAGCGGGAGGCGUGUGUGCUGCUCCUGAAAGGACUGCCCCCCAUGGAGGCCGAGUGCGUCAUCGAGAGGCUCACCACCUGGGCACGGCUGGAGCUGCAGGACAAGGAGUUUGUGUCUGAGGAGCACAAGAAAUGGCACAUAAAUGUGGCCCAGGUCAUGUUGGAGACACUGAAGUUCUUACGGCAGAUUCGACAAGAUGAUGCCUUUAAAAGACUGGUGUGUGAGAAUGACCUGAAGAUGUUUGAGGCCAUUGCCAACCUGCAGGAGGACUUUGACAUCUUCCUGUCGCCGGAGGACUAUGUAGACAAGGCCCUGCGGUUGCAGUUCCAGGAGCAGCACAUCACAGCCUAUGAGAACACCCAUGCCCAGGGGCGGUACCCAAAGGGAACCACGCCAUUGGUGGCCAACGAUCCCGACGGCAAGACCAGGACCCUCUCCACAGAGGCUGGGCUGCGCCGGUUGGCCAGGCAGCUGCAGCGAUCGGAGCCGGAGCUGUGGGCUGACCUCGCACUGAGAGCUUUGGGGGUGGGAAAGGUGGACAAGGCCCUGAAGAUCUGCGGGGAACUGUAUCACCAUCACUCCAACGCCAGCACGGGCAGGGUGCUCUUCAGUGCUGCCCAGAAGCUCUGCCACAUGCUGGAAGAGAACGUACCCAUGGUCAUUCCGGAGGGCCUUAACCUUCCCGCUGCCAUCCACACCCUGGCCUGUCAGGCCAUCACGGUGUGCCACCCAGAUCUGCUUCUGGACUGCAUGGAGCUGUGUAAGAGCACGCGGGCAGCCAUUGACGUCUACCAGCAGUGCCAGAUCGAUGACUACGGAUUCACUGCCAAGGACUCGUGUCCAGAUUCGGACUGUGACCCAUACAUAGAGUGGAGCUUCCAGCAUUUCUUCAACGAGGACGGCAUUGUUCUGGACCCCGUGACAGUUCUUCCAGUCCAGUACGAGAUCACCAACAGCCUUCUUCCUCUGGCCUCAGACUCAAAACUGUACCCUCUGGACUGUUCCUGUCUGUCCAAUUUGCCUUACCAAGAAGACAUGAACUUCCUGGCACCCCUGCUGGGCCCGGUGGCCGUGAUGCUGCAGAAUCUGCAGGAGUGCAGCCAGCUGCAGCUGGCGCUGCGCCUGCUCACCAAUUCCUUUGGCAGCUGCCUCCAGCACAUCGCUACCAACAACAUGGACCUGGGCCUCAGUUCUCAACUGCACAGCCACCAGCAGCUGCUGAGAGACAGGAAGUGCUUAGCCGAAUUCGGGAAAAGCACCCUGGCUUCCAUCAAGACCAUUGCAGUUGCUCUUCUGCACAAGGUGCUUAACUGGAGAGUAGUGGACUGCAGUCUGGCUAUCGGCUACUGUACGCUGCUUCCUAAGAAGGACAUGCUGGAGAUACUCUGGAAGGUCAUCAAUGACACUUGGCAUAACUACAAGAAGAUACUGGCUGUGUCCAUGGUCGGAGUGCAUCUUUGCAGCUUGUUCAUGGAGGAGGAGCAACGUCAGAAGUUCCUGUCCCUGAUCACUGACACAGAGUGGGGCAUCAAACUGGGCAAGCUGGGGAUCUCCUUCCAGCCCGUGUUCAGGCAGUGCUCUGACAUGAAGAAGAACUUGGUCCCCACACUGGUGAAGAACAGGAACAUGACACCUGAGCUUCUCCUCCAGUACUGCAGCACAUUUGACUUGGAGAGUGACUCUGCCCUCAACUUGUACAUCACAACUUUGCUGCUGGAUGAGGAGCUGGAGGAGAAGCUGGAAGAGAGUCUGAGUGUCUCAGAAGCCUCCCAGGAGGGACAGGGGGGCAGGCUGGACCAUGCUGACACCCUUGAGCGUGCCUUGACGAUCAUCCCUCUGCUACAGAGCACCAGCGAGCUGGUCGUCAGCCUUAAUGCAGCCGUGCUCAAGCUUAGUCCAUACAACUAUGAAAGAAUCCAGGGAGUUCUCAGGAUCAUACAGACAGCUGGAGAAACCAUGCCCAGCUUCCCUCUCGAUCAGGCGGUGGGGCUGCUCCAGCACUUAAGCUCCUACAAACGUAUCUCCCCCCCUACCGAGCUGGAGAGCAGCUACCUGCUGGAGCACAGCCUGGAGCCCACACCUCUGGCCCAUUCUCGCCUGCCCUUCCAUCUCCUCUUCCAAACCGGCCGCUGCUUCUGGAAGAUCAUCACACCAGAGCUCAGUGAAGAGACUUUCCCCACACUGCUGCUCAUAACGAAACUGAUGAAGGUAAAUGUGGAUAAGCUGUACAUGGCAGCCGUGAACCACAUGUUUGAAAAGAAACUGAAGCCACAGCUGCUUGAACAGGCCAAGAAAAGCCCCUCUUUAGCUGCAGGCAAGGAGACGGCCAGGACGGCCCGGACCAUCAUGGACUACAUCCUGUGCAUCAGGAACCCCGAGUGGGCGGCGGCCACCAUACACAGGGUCUCCCAGGACCUACCGCCAGGCAUUGAGAAGACAAAGUCCCUGAAGUUUUGCCUGGCCCUUGGGAAGAAAUGGCUGCAGGUCCCGGAUCUGGAGGAGGAUACCAGGGUGAGGGGGGAGACCUUCAUGGACAAACUGAAACUGCAGUACCAGCGAUCAGCCACGGAGGCAGUGCUAAUGUCCGCCGAGAUGCGCUCCCCUGAGCUCCUAAAGCUGACCAGCAUGCCGGUGCGCCUCCUGGAGGCAUUGUGGGAGCACGCCAGCGUGGAGCAGCGCAUGCAGAACCCAACCACUGAGGCCUGCCCGGAUCUUCAUGGAAUUGCCAAGGAGAUUGCAGAGAUUAACAAUGUGGACUUAUCAAAGAUCCGGGACAUGCUGCUUGAGAAGUGGCUGUGCAACACGGAGCCAUCCAUUGAAGAAGUAAGCUCUCAGGACUCUGUGACCAAUAUUGAAGAAGACCCAGACCUCAUGAGGGUGGUGUACCUGCUGCAGAUGUACCCUAUGGACUUCAGCGCUCGUUUGUUGAGCAGCAUCCUCAAUGCAGAGACAUGGCCCUUGAGCAAAUCUGGUCGGCGCCUGAAUUUCUGUCACCGGGCCCGAGCUCUGUUGUGCCUCAUCCAUGUUGCUGAUCCCUCCAUGUUGGAGACCCUGCUCCACAUCCCCAGGAACAAAGUCCAGUACCACCUGAAGUGCUACAUUUACCUGUCACAGCUGGAGGCACUGAACAUUCCGUACACCGUGGAGUCAUUCCUCAACAGUCCGAAGGAGGGGCUGAUCAAGGGCCUAUGGAAGAACCACAGCCAUGAGCCCCAGGCGGUGCGACUGGUGGCCGACCUUUGCUUGGAGUACCAGGUGUUUGACCCCCAGCUCUGGAACGGGGUGUUGCAGAAACUGCUCAGCUUCAAUACUAUCAGCUACUUGCAGAAAGUUCUGGAGGCUUUAGGAGCAGUUCCCUCACUCUUGGAGGUGUCAAACUUCUCAAGAACGUGGAGGAGUGUUAUUUUGUCUCCGUUUAUGACAGCUUCCCUCCCUCUUAGCCCUCAGAAUGUUACAACCCUCUACAAGACAUUUGUUCUCCUUCUGAAAUGCCCAUUCCUGUUGAACAUGGACCUGAUUGGCCUCGCCAAGCGCUUCGCCCAAGUCAACCUGCCUGCCUUUUCCCUGGGCUCCCUGUUGUUGAUCCCCUGUGCUGCUAAAAGAGAGCAGCAGAUUCAGUGCUUCCUAUCCUCCUGUAACCUGGUCACUGUCCUGGAGCAGGUGGAAGAGCACAUGAGUACAGGAGAGUUGGCCGGAAUCCCCUUAAAGAUCAAAGAGACCGUGCUGAAGUUCAUUUACCAGAAUGGACUUCAUGAGAAGCUGGUGAAUACCAAGCUGUUCCCUCUCCUCAAGGAGCAUAUAGUGUCUUGCGGCCAUUACAGCCAAGUGCGCGAUCUGGUGGACUGUCUCAUCAGCAGGAAAUGUGAAGUAGAUGCUGCCUGUCUGGCCCGGGAGUACCUGAUGUACAGGGAGAAGGAGGGGGUCAAGCACCUACCAUCAGAGUCUGCUGCACAGGAAGUCCUAAAGGCAUUUCUCGACAAAGAAAAUGAGUGAUCAGAAAUGCAAUGUUAGGACAAGGCACUUGCUGUUUUACUUCAUUUUUUGUGUUUUCAGUUUCUUUUGCAUGCUAUUCAUGUUCAAAGCUGUAAAUAAACUUAUAUGCCCUUGACCUGUAUCA